UGUAAAUAAAAAUCUUAAGUAAACUACCGCUAUAAUCUAAGUUAUAUUGAAGCAAAAAAGAGUCUUUUCGUUGUUUAAGCGUUUUUAGGAAGAUGGAUUAUGUAAUUGGAUUGGAUGGAUACUGUAUUUUGGAUGAAUUGGAUGGAUACUUUAAAUAAGCAGCAAAAGAAUGGUUAAAGUUAGUUUAUAUAUAUAUGACUUAUCAAAAGGAAUGGCUAGCCAACUUUCUCUACCUUUACUUGGAAAAAAAAUUGACGGUAUUUGGCAUACAUCAAUUGUUGUUUUUGACAAAGAAUAUUUUUUUGGAGGAGAUGGAAUAUCAGACUGCACUCCAUGUGGCACUAUACUUGGGCCACCUGAUGAGACUAUAAUACUUGGUGAAACAACUAUCUCAAAAAAUGUUUUUCAUGAAUAUUUGACAGGAUUGUCACAAAAAACCUUUAGUUCUGAAAAGUAUCACUUGUUUAAUCAUAACUGCAACACAUUUUCAAAUGAAGUAUCACAGUUUCUUACGGGUAAAAAAAUUCCAUCCUAUAUUACCAAUCUUCCUCUUGAAGUGAUGUCAACACCAUUUGGAGCAAUGAUAGGGCAGUUUUUUGAAAAUGUGCGUGUUCAACCUCAAAUUUCGGAUAAUUUUCAUGAGUUUGGGGGUUUGAGUAGCAGCAGUAGCGAAACAAAUCUUGAUCAUUACAUUGGAAGUGAUAGGCCAGCAAUUAGUGAAAUCAACAUGUCAGCAACAAAUGAAACUUUUAGCCAUACUGAAAUUAAACAUAAAUUAAAAAUAUAUGAGGAUAAUACAGAGUUUGUACAAUGUCUUAAUCACUUGAAACUAAACUUUGAAAACUGUUCAGCUACAUUGGAUAAACUUAGAGAUGUUGUUGAUGGGAUUGACUUUGGUUUUGAAGAAACAACAAGAAAAGAAAUUACUGUGACAUUAAGCUCUUUGUGUAAAGAAAUGAGAAGUGAAGAAAAUGAGUUUGUUGAAUCAUUCAAGUCACUUCUUGUUGUCCUAAGGUCUUGUGCUAUUGUUAUACCAAAGUUAUUUAAGUAUGCUGAAGGUGAUGAAGUUAUAUUGCAAGUGGUAAAUAAGCUUCAGCGUGGCAACUUUACUGAAAUAAAACUUUUGAGACUUCAAUUUAUUACAAAUUUGCUUAGUGUUUAUGAACUGCGCAAUCACUUGUUAGCCAUCAAUUCUCUGCUUCGCACCAUUGUUAACUUAGUUGUGUCUAGUAUUUUAGAUGGUCCAGGUGUAAAAAUUAAAGAAGCUGGAUGCUGCCUUGCUUACUCUUUGUCUAUUGUUAAAAUAAAUGAAGAUCACACGUUUGAAAUCUCGUCAGCUCUUUUACAUGUUAUUGCAGAUCUAACAGAAUCAACUGAAGCUAGAAAAUAUUGUAUCGAAGCAUUGAAAUGUUUUAUGAAAAAAAGUGAUCAGGUGUCGGAAUUAGCAAGUAUGAUAGUUCCCAGUAUUUAUGAAUUGGAGUUAAGAUGAGUGAAAAAUAGAUAUGCAAUCAUCGCAUGAAAAGAUAACGUCAGCAGAAAUGUGCAUGUAACAGAUCGAAAAUGAUCUAUAAAUAAAUUUCAAGUUUUUAGAUAGGGUAUUUAGAAUUUUUAUUAUAUUUUUGUUUUGAUUUUUUUAGUAAAAGAUUUCACUUGUUUACUUUUUUUUAAUAUUUAAUGAAUAAGCGAGACGUUGAGAGCCAGAGUGGCCUAACCCCACUACGGUUCAUUCUGAGAAAAUCGCAUUUAAAACUUUAUCAAGUAAUUAAAAAUAAUUAAAUUCAAAUUUUAAGAAAAAAAAAGAAUACUGAAAUAGAAAUCAGUGUGGUUAGGCCGCUUUGGCACAGGAAAAUAUGUUCAAAAAUGCCUUACGAUGAGACCAUAAAAUGCUUAUUGGAAAAAUAAGGGGUUAGGCCACUCUGGCUCUCAGCACCUCAAUUACACUAUCUUAACAUCCCCUUCCCCACCCCACCCCCUCCCACCCCUUCCUUAUCCCUCCAUUCUUCCUUUCUUUCUACCUUACAAUUUUCCAUUUUGUUUUGUUUUUAAACAUAAACGAAUGAAAUUUUUUGCUAUCCUUGUUAUAAGUAAAAUAUAAAAAAAAAAUUUUUUUAGAGCGUUAAAUAAAUUUUUUAUAAAUAUAUAAAUGCACAGUAAAAUAUUUAUUGGUAUAUUAAUAAUAGGAUUUUCAAAGUAUGUAGUUUUUUUCGUUUAAAUAUAUUUUCAUGUUGUUGCUCGUUUUUGUGGUUGCGCGUAUAUUGUACAAUUAUUACGUAUUAUGUACAAAGAAUUCUUGUUAUGUUCCAGAAACGUUUAACUAAAAAAGUAUGCAAUAUAUAUGGUGUGAAACUUUACCACGCGUAUUUAUGGAUAAAUUGUGAGCGCAUAUUUAUUUGCGAUCAUUAGUUCGCUUUUGUUUGCUUAUGUAAUAUGUUUUGGUUUACUUACGUAAUAUACUGUAUGUUUGCUUAUAUGUCUUUUUGAAUGGUGCACGGUAUAUAUUUUGUACGGUUUCCUUUGUUGAAUACAUUUUUGUUGCUUUGUCUGA